AUGGCCAAGGGCAAGAAGCAGUCAAGCGAGCCCAAGGGCCGGAAGAUCACCCUAAAGAUGGCUAAGCUGGCCCUGAAGCUGACCGUGGAUGGCAAGCGUCGGCUGGACCUCAGCAACAUGGAGCUCACCACCUUUCCCAAGUGCAUCCUGAAGCUUUGUGAUGUGGACGAGCUGGACCUGAGCCGCAACCUGCUCAAGAAGAUCCCAGACUCUAUCGCCAAGUUUGUCAACCUCUGCUUUUUGGACCUCCACAGCAACCAGCUGGACCAGGUUCCGGAAGCUAUCGGGCGCCUCCGUAACCUAUACAGCCUCAACCUGUGUAACAACUGUCUGAGCACUGUAGGACUCCCCAACGAGAUCGGUCUCCUGCGAAAGCUGAGGAGCCUCAACCUGGGCAUGAACGUCCUGGAGAGCAUCCCAUCCUCUAUUGCAGCCCUCAAGGAGCUGCGUCACCUUGGCCUGUUCAACAACCAACUGACCCGGGUACCUGAGUGCCUCCGCAACCUGCCCUACCUGGAGACCGUCAACCUGAAGUGCAAUCCUAUCCCCUUGGAGGAUGACAAAGGCAUUGACCCCAUCCAGAGGGUGGAGUGCCUGUACCUGGUGAGGGAGAGCUCCCUGUGUGCCUGCUGCCUCCAGAAAGUCAAAGACAACAGGCAGAGGGUGAACAGCAGGCUGAGCAGAGGCCCCACCCACAGGAAGUCAAUAGGUCAUCAAGGACAUAUUAUUUAG